AUGUCUCAACUCACAUCUUUUCCUCGCCGCCUCUCUUUCUCAUGUCGCGUUCUUCCUCCCCUUUCCCCUCUCCCCCCUUCCCCGCCGCAGAUCACGGGGUGGGAACUGGUGCCGCCGUACAGCGCGCAGGCGCUGAUGAAGGCGGUCAGCAUGCAGCCCGUCGUCGCCUUCCUAAGCGGCUCCGCGCAGGACUUCCAGCAGUACAGCUCGCGCGGGCAGCUGAAAAUUUACGACGGGCUGUGCACGACGGACAUCAACCACGCGGUGCUGGUGGUGGGGUAUAACUACACGGGUUCGAGUCUCGCGGGCAGCUAUUGGAUCCUCAAGAACACGUGGUUCAACACGUGGGGCGACGGCGGCUACAUGUACCUCGCCAUGUCGCCCGACGUGCGCGGGAAAUGCGGCAUCCACGCCAUCCCCGCCAUGUACCCGGUGUACUACCCGAGCGGGCCGCAGCCCGUCAAGAUGAACAACGGUCCGAUUUCGCGCGCGGACGACGGCAACGACGGCCGCUGGUGGACGCGCGCGUAUACCACCGCGGCGGACGCGUGCUCCGGGAUCAACCCGUGCGGCGCGGGGCGCUGCUACACGCGCGCGGGCAUGGCGCGGUGCGACUGCAGCGCGCUGGCGGGGAUGGUGGAGGUGACGGGCGUGCCCACCAGCAAGUGCGUUCCGCGCAACCCCUGCUCCAGCCGCGGCCAGUACAACCCGUGCGGCAGCGGCACGUGUGUGAACCCCGGCGACGGCACCUACUCGUGCCAGUGCCCCACUGGCUACGCCAUAGGAGCAGCGUCAGACGGCACGCAGACGUGUGUGGGAGUGGCGGGCGGCCCAGCCUCGUUCCUCGCCUACCCCACCGUGCCCGGUGACUCCUGCUCCUCCGUUGCUGCCGCCUUCGGCCUCACCACUGCCAGUCUCACCGCUCUCAACCCCUUCUUAAACUGCUCCCUCGCCUACCUCCCCCCAACGCUCAUCCUCACCGUCGCAAACGCCUCCUCCACCUCCAUAUCCCCCUCUGCACCACUCUGCACCGCAACGUACACCGUGCAACCCAACGACACUUGCACGACCCUCGCCAACACCUUCUUCGCGGGGAGCCUGUCUGCGCUGCGUGCUGCCAACCCGCUCACAUGCACCACCUCACGCUUCUUCCUCUACCCCUCACAGGUCAUCUGCACGACCACCAGCUCGCUCUCCUCGCUGGCAGCCGUGCCCAUCCCCCAGUGCGGGCAGACAUACACCACAGUGGUGGGCGACACGUGCUCCUCAGUGGCGACCAAGUUCGCCGUCAGCCUGGGCACCUUCAUGGGGCUCAACAGCGCACUCUCAUGCGCCACUGCCCUCCCCGUAGGGUCCUACGUCUGUGUCGCUCCCAAGAGCACCCAGACCACAGUGAACUGCACGGCAUGGUACGCGGUGCUGCAGGGAGACAACUGCCCCAACAUCUGGAACGCCGCCAACCUCACCGAGUCCACCUUCCUCGCCAUCAACCCCGGCAUCCGGUGCCAAGCGCCCUACCUCCAAGUGGGCCAGAAGGUCUGCAUCAACUCCCCGCUCCUCGCAUCCCUCCUCACCGCAUCCAGCACCUCGUUCUCGCUCUACACCGUGCAGCCCAACGACUCCCUCGCCCUCAUCUCGUCCAGGUUCAUCACUCGCUGCACCACCUCCUCCGUCUCCCCGGCCUCCAUCGCCGCGGCAAACAACAUCCUGGAAACCUCCCCUCUGAUAGCCAACACCCAGCUCAUCAUCCCGUGCGACGCGCGCGUGGGGAUUCUCGACUGCGGCUGUGCGCAGUCCCUCCCAGUGUGCGGCGCGGACUACGUCACGUACCCGUCCUACUGCGAUGCGCUCUGCAACUACGCGCUGCCGGUCAUUCAAGACGGAGUCUGCUCCGGCUGCAACGCCGCCUGCACCGGCCGCACCGGCCUCGCCCCCGCCGCGGGGUAUGGCUGUACCUGGAGCACGUGCCCCUACCCCAACUGGAAGCCGCUGGACAGCGACUGCACCGUUCUGCAGGGCGACUUGCCGGGGAAAUGCUGUGCCGUGGAGCAGACUGUCUGUGAGAAUGUUUGCCGCGCGACAAGGGACACGCUGGGCGGCACGACGACGCAGAUGCAGGCGAACUACGACUCGUGCUACAGCCAGUGCAUGUGCUGCUCCAGAGUGCCUAACGUUAGGUCUCGUAGGGCGGGGGGAGGUUGGGUGGAAGCGCGCGCGGGGGACGGCGAGCGCAAGGCCGUGCGGGCAGUCCGCCGUCUCCGCCACUGCCGCUCCCAUGGCGCAUCGCCACCCAUCGCCUCGCGCGACACCCACCACCAAUCGCCUCAUGGGACACCCACCAAUGCCACCCAUAGAGUGCUUCCCAGCAGCCCUGUGGAGCUUGGAGCGGAGCGGUGGCAGCGGUGGUGGUCUCCCGGGCCGUGUGCCUACCGGUGGGACUGGCGUGUAGAGGAGCAGGUGCUGGUGACACGUGGCACUCUCAAAGUCACUCCUGAUGAGUGUGAGGAGAGCAUGGAGUUUGCAGCAGGUGACUUGGUGUGCUUCCCACGGUGGUUCUUUGCUGAACUUGAGUUCAGUGCGGAUUACGAGCAACGGUACAGAUUUGUGGCGUAUGGGGACAACUGCUAA